AUGACUGCCGGCUUCUCCCCGCACAACAUCGCCGGUUCGGCCAACAGCAAGAAGAAGCUAAUCAAUCUUCUGAGAGGGUGGCCGAACCAUUCCCUUUUACCCACGCAGCUGCUUGAUAAGUCUGCCCACAGAGUGCUCACCAACAACUCCGUGGCUUUCCCAGCAUUGGAGUAUGGACCGGAUCAAGGGGAUGCAAGGUUACGCAAGCAUCUUGCGUCGUGGCUGACGGCCUUCUUCAAGCCCCAGGAUCCCAUCACUGACGAUCGAAUCGCAAUCUCGGGAGGGGCCUCGCAAAACCUUGCAGUCCUACUGAAUGUCUUCACUGAUCCGUCUUACACCAGGAAAGUAUGGUUUGUGGCGCCAGCGUACCAUCUGUCUUUCCGUGUGAUCCAAGAUGCGGGAUUCCAUGACAAGUUCCGCGCCAUCCCAGAAGAUAAGGAAGGUAUCGACAUCGAAUACUUCAGAAAGGAGAUGAAGAAAGUCGAAGAAGAGGCCAUAAGCCAGGGCAUUUCACAGCCACACAAGCCAGCGCAUCGACCUUGGGCCAAAGUGUACAAGCAUGUGAUCUACGCAGUACCGACGUUCUCCAACCCCUCGUCCAAGACGAUGAGUCUGAGACGGCGGAAGGAGCUGCUACAGGUGGCGAGGGAGUACGAUGCCCUCAUCAUCACUGAUGAUGUAUACGACUUUCUGCAAUGGCCAGCCAAGGUUGCCUCCGAGUCUGAGACAGCAUCAGUAAAGCAAGCUCAUCAGCCUAGAAUAGUAGACCUCGAUCGAUAUGAAGAUGGCGGAGCUGAGCGAAAGGGCGCUGAUGGCUUUGGGAACGCAGUCUCGAACAUGAGCUUUUCUAAGAUCUCCAGUCCAGGCUUGAGGUGCGGCUGGUGUGAAGGCACACCAAAGUUCGUCUCAGGUGUCGCAGAAGUGGGAUCGACUCACUCAGGUGGCAAUCCUAGCCAAUUCGCUUCCAACAUCCUGGCUGAGGCCAUGGAGAACGGUGAGUUGCAGCGGCGUGUGUAUGAGCAACUGCAACCGGCAUAUGGCAAGCGUUAUCGAUCGAUGGUCAAAGCCAUCAACGACCUCUUAGUUCCCCUUGGUGUGCGAUUGCCCCAAACAGACCGUGACAUUGUUGGCGGUUACUUCAUCUGGCUUACUUUGCCGGAUGGCAUGGAGGGUGGUGCGCUUGUGGAACGCGCCCGGGAGGAUGAGAAUGUUGUUGUCGCACAGGGCGAGCUGUUUGAAAUUCCCGGUGACAGCGACCAUCCACGUACGUCCUUCAAGAACGACAUACGAGUCUGCUUCGCAUGGGAAGAGGAAGAUGCGCUGAUCGAAGGCAUCGAGCGCCUUGCGACUGUGAUCAAGAUCAUGCAACACGAGCACAACACUACUGGUAGUUACAAGAUCCGGCUUCAGGUGGAGCAAGAAGCGAAGAACUUCUGGUAA